UCUAUGGCAAGUCAGUCGAAAUAAUCGUGUGCGCUCUUGUCUCACCUCUCCCGGUUAAGACCACACAAGUAACCCAACCCACCAAACACAACCACCACACACUUCCAUCCAUCCCUGCACGAACCCUCGUUCAAAGACCACGCAGGCCCGCAUUCUAGAGCUAUCCCCGGUCCAUCCUCGCAUCACAUAUACACCGUCUUGUCUUGUAGCAGCAACGCACAACCACUCCCUCGGGCGAUGCAAUGACAAGCGCAAUACACCGAUCGCCCGCACGGCGCAGGCCAGGCUCGACACAGCUCUCGGCAAAACAGAUUGACGAGCUCCUCAAGGAGUCGCAAGCACUCGGCUCGACUCUCCGCAAAGAGCGACGCACAAGCGACCCUGCUACGACCUUAGCGCAUCCAGCCGGCAGAGCCUAUGCUGCAGAGCUGAAGACGGCGCCCGUGCCCGAAUCCGUGCGCAUAUUGCAGGAGCUUGUUGAUUCGGAAGCAACAUACCUCAGCGAGCUCAGAGCACUCAAGCAGACAGUUGUUGCGCCGAAGCGCCGGUCACAAGUAUUCGUAUCUACGGUGAGCGGCGUACCAACCUCACCCGUCCGCCCAAAGAUCGCCCGACCCCUUGACCUCGAGCAGCACUUGCGCAAUCCCAUGCUGCCAGAUCACCUCGAACGCUCCUUCCGGUGCAUCGAGGGCAUGGUGAAUGCCCAUACCUGCCUGCUUCAGAUGUUUGAAGGUGCACGGAGUGAAUAUGAACUACUCUCUCAUCUUCUCUCUGCCUUCAACUCUCUUCUUUCUUUAUACAAAACUUUCACUUCCAGCCUGCCGCACUUGUCGCAGCAGCUCAGGGAAUCGACCGACAAUGGGCUCGGCGCCUAUUCUCGCUUUCUAGCGCCGAUGCAGCGCGCGGUGCGGUACGAACUUCUCUUGCGCAGACUACAGGGCGUCCUGAUUGCGGAAAACGCCUCGGCAGAGUAUCAGCAUCUCACUGCAAAGACACUACGAACGAGCGAAUUCUUUUGCAGACAGCUCGAGCAAUCACAAAGCGAAGAGCAGGAUCACAUCUACCUCCAAGCCCUCUGCACCAUCCUCGAAAUACAACCAAAUGGUCGAAAGCUCAUUUUUGAGGGUGCCGUUGAUGUAUUGCCGCUCAGCAGCAAGAAGCCAUGCAAGCUCGGCUACGUCUGUCUCUUGUCUGACGGUAGUCUCUUUUGGGCUGAGCAGCGUGAGCCCAAUGCAAAAGCUUGGCAGACAGAGCAGCUCAAGCGCGUUGAGGAAGGAGGCUAUCUAGAUCUCAUCAUCUACUCUGAGCACAUCAAAAGUGGCAAAGUCAAGGAAGUCAAACGGGCGCUCGGAUUUCCUUCUGUGCGGACGAGCUCUAUCAACGGAGGAAAUACCUCUCCUAGUAAGACGCCUUCAAUCAGCUCACGAACAAGCUCACCCUCAAAAACGCACAAACGCAAUUCCCUUAGUUCGCUCUUCUUUUCAUCCGGUGCAAGCAAGCUGGACUUCAAACAGUACGAAUCCAAGCCGAUGCCUGUCCGGCAAGCGACUGGCGACCUUGUGGAGGACUGGCUGGCAGUUGGCCGACAGCUCGCCGUCAAGACGCACGUCAGCAAGCGCCAGUCGAUGUACGGCAUCGACCUCGCGCAGCUUGAGGAUAAGAUGCGUGACCAUGAGCCGUAUGGGCCAAGACUCCAUACAGCGCCCCCGACUAGAAGUGGUCAUUGGAUAUAAAUGUAGCUCAUGUACAAGACCUAUACAUAAUGUAAAAUCAGCUUCGUGACUGGCUUUUGUCUGUCCAAGAUUUUUAAAAUUUGACGGCGAAUAAGCAGCGACGACCAA